CCGAGAAUUAAAAGGGGGCAAAAACCACCGCAAAAAAAGGGGGCAAAAACCCUAAACCCUAGCAAUCCCCACCCUCUUCCUCGCCGCACGGUUCCAGGGGUCGCCGCUGCCGUCGCCGCCGCCGCCGCCGACGACGACGACAUGGCGAACCUCCUGAGGCGCGCGUCGCUGCGGCGCGCCGUCGCCGCCGUCGCGGCAGCAGCCGCGCCCUGCCCCGAGAGCUAUAAGCAAGGGAUCUGUGGCUCUACUUUCCACUGCCGGUAUUUCUCGUCUAAAGCCAAAAAGAAGACAAAGUCCAGUGGAACUGACUCUGGUGAAGAGAAUCUGUCAAAGAAAGACUUGGCUCUACACCAGGCUAUUGAUCAAAUAACAUCUGCAUUUGGGAAGGGCGCAAUAAUGUGGCUUGGUCGUUCUGAAGGUCGUAGAGAAGUACCUGUUGUGUCAACUGGGUCUUUCUCUUUGGAUUUGGCAUUGGGAACUGGUGGACUUCCAAAGGGUCGUGUUAUAGAGGUGUAUGGUCCAGAAGCUUCAGGCAAGACAACUCUUGCACUUCACGUUAUUGCAGAAGCACAAAAGCAUGGCGGUUAUUGUGCCUUCGUAGAUGCAGAGCAUGCCUUAGAUCCAGCUCUGGCUGAAUCAAUUGGGGUCAACACCAGUAAUUUACUUCUCUCUCAGCCAGACUGUGGCGAGCAGGCACUCAGUCUUGUGGACACACUGAUUCGAAGCGGCUCUGUUGAUGUUGUUGUUGUUGAUAGUGUAGCAGCUCUUGUCCCUAAGAGUGAGCUUGACGGGGAGAUGGGUGAUGCACAUGUUGCUCUCCAGGCUAGAUUGAUGAGCCAAGCUCUUCGCAAGCUGAGCCACUCUCUCUCACUUUCCCAGACAAUUUUGUUAUUCAUUAACCAGAUCAGGUCUAAAGUGACCACAUUUGGAGGAUUUGGAGGUCCAAUGGAGGUUACUUCUGGUGGAAAUGCCCUUAAAUUCUAUGCUUCCGUUAGAAUGAACAUCAAGCGUAUUGGUUUGGUAAAGAAAGGCGAAGAGACUAUAGGUAGUCAAGUGCUUGUGAAGAUUGUGAAAAACAAGCAUGCCCCACCGUUCAAGACAGCACAGUUUGAGCUGGAAUUUGGUAAAGGGAUAUGCCGCAGUUCAGAGCUUAUUGAACUUGGAUUAAAGCACAAGCUUGUCAAAAAGUUGGGUGGUGCAUUUUAUUCUUUCAACGAAGAGUCAUAUCGUGGUAAAGAUGCCCUUAAAUCUUACCUCAACGAAAAUGAAAGUAUCGCAAAAGAACUGGAGACGAAUUUAAGGAAAUUGAUGGAAACUCAAGCACCUAAAAAGCAGGAGGAUGAAGGUGAUUUCCUGAGUGAUCUGCCUGAAGAGAGUCUCGCCACUGAAACAUCCUCCGAGGAGGAACUGGCAGCUGUAAUAGAAGCUUAAUCAGUGAUGCUUAAUCAGUGAUGAUAGAUCAACAAGAAGGAAUAUGCGCUGAGCAGUUAUUCCACUGAACCAUACAUAUUUUGGUUCUUGGAGAUGUCAUUUUGGCUGCACCGGGCAUAUAGAAUGUGUGGAAUUCGUAUUUGAACAUCCUUCAGUUGUCAAAUGCCUGGAGCGAAGUGAGGUAGAGCCGGGGAAGGACCGGGGGGCUUACGUAUGGACUUGUAUGGUGGCUAUUUAGACAUUGAAAGGGUUAUUAGUAGAAUGUAACCAUGUAUAUAUGUCGCAUAUCUGGGAUUCCUCGUCGGUUCUGGCUUGAGAUACACUUACUAAAUGCUUCUGAUAUUUGAUUAUUCCGGUUCCAUUCC